GAGGCCGCAGCCAUGGCGCACCGGCCGAAGGCGAAGGAGGCGAAGGCGGCGGCCGCGGGCAAGCGCAGGGCUCCCGCUGCGCUGCCCAGCCCGGCCUCCUCGGAGGACGAGGCCCCGGAGGAGGUGCCCUUCGGCGUGGCGAGGGAGGCGGCCGAGGCCGAGCGGAAGCUCGUGGGAGAGGCGGCGCGGAGGCACCGGGAGCUGCUGAAGGAGAAGCGGCGGCGGCACCAGGAGCUGUUCGCGGAGCAGAAGAAGCGCAGGCUGCUGCCCGAGGCCUUGCUGCAGGAGCUGCAGGAGCUGCAGGAUGUGUCCGCACGGCCCACUGAGCAGGCUGUGGCAGAUGACCCAGUUACUCCAGAUGAAGAACUUGAAGCUGAGGCUGUAGAGCUGGAGCAAGGCCAAGCUGAAGUGCAGGAGAAGAAAGGCAAGAGGAAGAAGGGUGCCAGGACAAAAAGAAACUAUGUGGCUGUGUGCUUGAAGGACCACAGUGCCACAGGCCUCCACCAGCAGCUGGCCAAAGACUUCCUAAAUGCUCAGCUCUACGGGCCACACACCAACCGGGUACCAGCAAAUGAAUUUUUCUCCCUUGCAAACAAGAGAGCCCCUGUCAAAAAAGCUGCUGUUCAGUUUGUGGACAAGUCUUGGGGGCAAGAUAAAAAGGAAAAAGCAGCAAGGUUUAAGAAACGCUGGCUGGCAGCACAUAUUAAAAGUGGAGUCUGAAGACAGCUUUUUCAGAAGAUGCUGCUAAGGACUUUUAGUGACAGUUGAUCUCAACACAACACAGGUGUUUUUCCCACUUCAUCAUCACUUUGCU